UGCAUUUUACUUUAAAUAGGAGAAUUUUAAGUGCAAAAUCCUCAUUGGUAGAUGAUAUAUUUUGAAAAGUUUAAAUGCAGUGAAGACGAACUAUAGCAGCUCAUUAUCUGUUUCAAGGAAAAUGUAUUGGAGCAUUCAGCAUUAUUAUGGUGUCUUUUCAGUCUUUUCUGUUGAUUGGUUUGCAGUAAUGCUGUCAAUGACUCCUGUAUCUUUGCUAGAGGUAAAACUUAAAUAUUUAUUUUCUGCUUUAGCUGUUAGAAUCCAUCAAAAUUGCACUUGAAAGGGUAUCUUUCCUUAUGAAUUCUUAAUCAUGGCUGAGGCAAGCAGUAGGUUAGAUACAGAUCUAGAGGUGUCAGGAAAGAUAAACAGUGUCGUGUUUAUAUCCAUUUCUAAAGUAAGCAAAAACUAGAAAGAAUCGAAAGAGGUGGGAAGUGUGGCGGAUACUACAAAAACAUAACGGAUGUGAGAAAAGGGUUGCAUUUUACUUCAUCCUGAAUCUCUUAAGUAUUGAUCUUGCUUUGUUUUACUAAGACACCAAUUCAGUUCAGGGCAUUGCUGGUUUGAUAAAAAGGAGAAACAUUAGGGGAAUAGCCUUUCUUGUUUAUCAGUUCAUUAAAAAAAGAAAAUACCCACUAGCAUGGCUUAAUGCCUUUUCUGUUUAUUGCUGAUCUGAGUCUCUGGUCCUUCUCCUUUGCUGUUAAAUGUGUGUGUCCUUUGUUUGUGCUGGUGGGUUUCGCUACAUUUGGAUUUGAGAGAAAAGCCUCUUGUUGCUGUACUGAUCUAAUUAGCCUUCUGGGUGAACGUAUACAUUAAAUAGACCUUCUAAGCCAUGAAAGAAGAGAGCUCACAACAACGUAGAUUUUCUUCUUGUACUGUGUUUACGCCUGUUUUAUUUCCUCCACGAAUUGAUGGCCGAAAGCUUGUCCGGAAUGCUUCAUUUGGAGGAUACAAUGAACUUUCUCCUUUAUUGCCAGGUUUUGACAGAGGAAAGGAAGACAUUUCUCAAAAUAAAGAUGAAUCUUCACUUUCUAUGUCAAAGAGCAAGUCUGAAUCUAAACUUUAUAAUGGCUCGGAGAAGGAUAGUUCAGCUUCAAGCAAGCUCACAAAAAAAGAAUCUCUCAAGGUGCAAAAGAAAAAUUACCGAGAAGAAAAGAAAAGAGCCACAAAGGAGUUACUCAGUACAAUCACAGAUCCUUCUGUUAUUGUUAUGGCUGAUUGGUUGAAGAUUCGUGGUACUUUAAAGAGUUGGACCAAGUUGUGGUGUGUUUUGAAACCUGGGGUGCUACUGAUUUAUAAAACCCAGAAAAAUGGUCAGUGGGUAGGAACAGUCCUUCUGAAUGCCUGUGAAAUCAUUGAGCGUCCAUCAAAAAAGGACGGCUUUUGUUUCAAACUUUUUCAUCCUUUGGAGCAGUCUAUUUGGGCAGUGAAGGGCCCCAAAGGCGAAGCAGUUGGAUCUAUAACUCAACCCUUACCUAGCAGUUACUUGAUCAUCCGAGCUACUUCAGAGUCAGAUGGAAGGUGCUGGAUGGAUGCUUUGGAGUUGGCCUUGAAAUGUUCUAGUCUCCUUAAACGUACAAUGAUCAGAGAAGGAAAGGAACAUGACCUGAGCAUUUCAUCAGAGAGCACACAUGUGACUUUGUAUGGCUUAUUACGUGCUAACAAUCUCCACAGUGGUGACAACUUUCAGUUAAAUGAUAGUGAAAUUGAACGGCAGCAUUUUAAGGACCAAGAUAUAUAUUCUGAUAAAUCUGAUAAAGAAAAUGAUCAAGAACAUGAUGAGUCUGACAAUGAGGUGAUGGGGAAAAGUGAAGAAAGUGACACAGAUACAUCCGAAAGGCAAGAUGACUCUUAUAUCGAACCUGAGCCUGUGGAGCCUUUAAAGGAGACUACCUACACUGAACAGAGCCAUGAAGAACUAGGAGAGGCAGGUGAGGCUUCUCAAACAGAAACUGUGUCUGAAGAAAACAAAAGCCUUAUCUGGACACUGUUGAAACAAGUCCGUCCUGGCAUGGACCUGUCCAGGGUGGUUCUGCCGACAUUUAUUUUGGAACCUCGUUCUUUCCUGGAUAAACUUUCGGAUUAUUACUAUCAUGCAGAUUUCUUAUCUGAGGCUGCUCUUGAAGAAAAUCCUUACUUCCGUUUGAAGAAAGUAGUGAAAUGGUAUUUGUCAGGAUUCUAUAAAAAGCCAAAGGGACUGAAGAAACCUUACAAUCCUAUACUUGGUGAGACUUUCCGUUGUUUAUGGAUUCAUCCCAGAACAAACAGCAAAACAUUUUAUAUUGCUGAACAGGUGUCCCAUCAUCCACCAAUAUCUGCCUUUUAUGUUAGUAACCGAAAGGAUGGAUUUUGCCUUAGUGGUAGUAUCCUGGCUAAGUCCAAGUUCUAUGGAAAUUCAUUAUCCGCAAUAUUAGAAGGAGAAGCACGAUUAACUUUCUUGAAUAGAGGCGAAGAUUAUGUCAUGACAAUGCCGUAUGCUCAUUGUAAAGGAAUUCUUUAUGGCACAAUGACACUGGAGCUUGGUGGAAUAGUCAAUAUUACGUGUCAAAAAACUGGAUACAGUGCAAUACUUGAAUUCAAACUUAAGCCAUUUCUAGGUAGUAGUGACUGUGUUAAUCAAAUAUCAGGGAAACUUAAAUUGGGAAAAGAAGUCCUAGCUACUUUGGAAGGCCAUUGGGACAGUGAAGUUUUUAUUAAUGACAAAAAGACUGAUAAUUCAGAGGUCUUCUGGAAUCCAACACCAGACAUUAAGCAGUGGAGAUUAAUAAGGCACACUGUAAAAUUUGAGGAGCAGGGAGAUUUUGAAUCAGAGAAACUCUGGCAGCGGGUAACUCGAGCCAUAAAUGCCAAAGACCAAACAGAAGCUACUCAAGAGAAGUACGUUUUAGAAGAAGCUCAAAGACAAGCUGCCAGAGAUCGGAAAACAAAAAGUGAAGAGUGGGCAUGCAAGUUAUUUGAGCUUGAUUCACUCACAGGAGAAUGGCAUUACAAGUUUGCAGAUACUAGACCGUGGGACCCACUUAAUGAUAUGAUACAGUUUGAAAAAGAUGGUGUUAUCCAGACCAAAGUGAAACAUCGCACUCCAAUGGUUAGUGUCCCAAAAAUGAAACAUAAGCCAACCAGGCAACAGAAGAAAGUGGCAAAAGGCUAUUCUUCCCCAGAACCUGAUAUCCAAGACUCAUCUGGAAGUGAAGCUCAAUCAGUAAAACCAAAUACGAGAAGAAAGAAAGGGAUAGAACUCGGAGACAUUCAAAAUUCCAUCGAAUCUAUAAAACAAACGCAGGAAGAAAUUAAAAGAAAUAUUAUGGCUCUUCGAAAUCAUUUAGUUUCAAGCACACCUGCCACAGAUUAUUUUCUGCAACAAAAAGACUACUUCAUCAUUUUCCUCCUGAUUUUGCUUCAAGUCAUAAUAAACUUCAUGUUUAAGUAGAAGUUCCUUACAGUUGAAUCAAUGAACUGGAAUGAUCAAAUUUGGCCUGGGACCAAUGUUCAAGUUGGUUUGGUCUUUGUUAAAAUGUCACAAUAUUUCUAAAACAAAAAUCUUAGAGAUAAAUGUAGAGGUGUUGACCUUUCAUACCUUUUUUCCUUAACCUGAAAUAAGAACUCUUGGUCAUUAAAGUGAGCUAUGUGUUAAGUGCCAGAACAUUUCUAGCUUUUGUGACAGUGUGUUUACAUGUGAGUAUAAUAAGUACACAUGUAUACACAAUUGUGUCUUAUGUAUACCUGACAGUAGUCUUUGUAUUCUAUAGUGUGUUCUGAGAUAUAACAUUAACAUUCAUAACAAAAAUGCUAUCAAUCUUAUAUACAUAGCAAUCUAUUUUCUUCAUACAACAGGCACAAGACUUUUAUCAAUAAGGAAUUACAGAAUGGGAAAUGAUGGCAUAAUAGACAUAUUAUAAAUAGUUCAAAACACUGUCCUGUUAGAAAUAUCAUUUCCAAAGCACCCAGCUCAAUUGUGUUCUUAGAAACAGCAAGAAAAACGUGUAGUCGAAAUUGGUGUACUGAGAGAGACAAGGUGGCAGAUUGCUUUUUUAAAGGUUUACACACAGUUUUUUUAACCCCUAGAAUUUUAAUAUUUAUAGAGACAGGUAUAAAUCUGUGUGUGUGUUUAUCGACAUAAAAAACCGAUAUGCAGCUAUUUGGAUCUAUUGAUUAUAUCUUUCUUAUACCUAUGUAAUACCACCUUAAGCACUUGCUUAAAAAAAUUGUGGUCAAAAUUGCUGUCCUUUUUUCUUACUUUUGUUUCUUGUAACCCUGUUGGUCCAGUAGCAUAGGCCAAAUUCUAGAGUUGUUUAUAGGGCAUAUGAUAAUUUAUGUUUUUCAGUAUGAAAAACUUAUUUUCGCUUUCGUUUAGAACUUAGUGUAUUCAGUGAGUAAAUAGAAUAGAAAAAAUUAUAACCAAUAUUUUAUUCAAAAGCCAAAUAAGAGACAGGCAGUAAGAAAAACUUUGUGUCAUAGCAUUUAUGUGUACAUUAAAAUUUAUUUCUUUAAAAUGUGCAAUAAGUUGAGCAUCUAAGAAGAGCAUCAAGUUCUGAGGUUCAAUUUUUUAUUCCUCUGUUCUCAGUAACUUCAUUCUGUGACAAACCACACUUCAAGAUUUUUUUGUUCAGACUCAGGCACACUUUUUCCUAAUUUUUUUUCAGGUUAAUAUUUUAAUGUUUGUCAUAAAUAUUUAUAGCCCUCAGAAGCAAUUUUUGCAAGUGUAGCUAAGUUUAGGAACAUGUUGUCCUAAGAUAUGUCUUAGAAUCCUGAAAGUAUACCUUUCAGAAUGGUUAUUAAUGAAAAGUCAGAAUAAUUAUUCUGGCUACAUUUGCCUUUGACUAAGAAGAGACUGUGAGACACUAGCAAAAUUACAAUCAACUGUUUAUGCCAAGAUAUAUAAAGUCAAGGAAUGAUUACUAAAUUACAAAAAUUGAAAGUGAUAAAGAGCCUGCUUUUUUUCUCCCUUACCAAUUUAGCUAUCUUACUAGUCUUCGGUUUUAAGAAGAGCCAUAUAGUUUGGGCAAAAUAAUGCUGUAUUCCAUAUGUACAUGUGAAAGCACUUUUUUUAAUUGACUGAAAUAUAAGUAAGAUGUACCUAUACCUGGUAUAAGUAUAGAUAUGUCUACACUAGAACAGGUGAGAUUUGUUUGUAUUUCAUACUUGUGUCGUUUCUGUCCUCACUCUCUGUUACCAAUGUCAUGCUCAACUGCCUAUUGAUUGAUAUAUGGUAUUUUGUAAAUAUUGUACAAUUUGAUCCUUUUUAUGGUUUCAAUUAGUAUUUAUAUAUAAGUUUAUUGGCUGAUCACAAAAAUAAUUUCAUCAUUAAACCCUGAAAACUUAAAAUUUUUUGCUGAUAACCCCCUUUUGGGGUUUUAGUCCUAUCCACUUGUGUGUUCUUUUCAUUUGGUCUAAAUAGUGUUUUAUUUGUAUAGGUAUCUUCUAAGACUGGGAAGGUAGUUAUGUUCUUUAUGUUUUUCUUUUUAGAGCAGAUGUUUUGGGUUCUUAUUACUCAAGGAGUCAAAAACUUUCAUGAAAAAGAGCAGGGUUAACUCAUGACUGUUUCUUAUACACUGAAAGCAUACAUCUAAUCUAAUAGUCUUCUUAUGCUUUUAGUUGUAUGAGUUCCUUUCUGUGAACUGAACACAAAACUCAGGAAUUGGUGGCUUAGUUUUUAGAUCAGUGGUUAUACUAGGCUUAGUAUGUGAAUCCUUUAAGACACGUAAUUAACUUUGUAUGUAGCCAUAUAUGUAAUUGACUUUGAAUGUUCCCUACCUGAGAUUAAUACUCCUUCAAACAUGGAUUCAUAAAAAUUGUGAUUUACAGUUCCCAGUUGUUUGAGAGCCUCAUGAUGGUUUCUAGGAUUUAAGAUCUUAUGACCACUUUUUUUUUCAUUUGAUCAAAAAUUUUAUUUUUUCACAUGAAAAUUUACAUGAGUAAUAAUUAUCGACAUGUGCAUUUUAGUUAUGAAAUGUACUAUGCCUUCAAUUAUCCACCAUUUAGUGAGGUGUAGCUGGCCCAGGAACAGAUAAUAAAUAGGGCAUGUGAAAUAAGUAAGUUUCAGCAAUAGAUAUUUCACUUGUAUUUCAUGUCAGUACUUUUUUGCAUCACUUAUAAAGGUACAGUGUAAUCUUUGUCACCAUUCCAUUGAAAAAGUUGGCCUUGUAAAAUACAACACUCAUUUAGUAUUCACGCUUUUGUGCCUUUAAGAACUACUUUUUGUUAUUUUUGUGUUACAGAACUACAAUAUGAUUCUAAGUGUUUAUAGGCUUAACUGCCAUAAAGGGUCAUUUCUCUGUGUCAUUUUAUUUCCUUUUAUAUAGCUAUAGUAUAUUUAAACAGUAAUGCUGUACUUUUAUAAGGGUUUGUCUAUUUAACUAUUUCAAGUAUAUUCUUCACUCUCAGACAUCAUUGAAGUAGAUUUGUCAGAUUAUUCUGAGUAUUGUAAACAGUGCCUUUUUGAUGGAAUUCACACUGUUUUGGGUGUCAACUUGUGCCAUACUACACAUAAAAUUCUGUGGAAGGCAGUUUUAACUUUUUGAAGAAUAUCUUAGUCAAAUAUUUAAGAAAACAAAAUUCCAUUUUUUCCGGUGUUUAGCAUUUCUAACGAGCAAUGAAUAUAUUUUUGAGUUUUUUUUUUUUUUUGGUUGAUAUACGGUGAUGAUGGCAAAAUUGAUGAGCCAUACCUGAUGCUGUAGAUUAUUUUGAAUUAUGUUACAUGUACAGAAAUAAAAUACUAAUAUUAGCAUUUAUACCAAAUUUUCCAAUUUGAACCAGUAAGGGGUAACACCACACAAAUCACUGAGUUUACAUUUCAGCUUCUAUUUCAUGUGACUACAUGGAUAAAGAAAUUCUUUAAAAUGUAUAACCUGCCACUAUUGUGUCAUUUGACUUUAUGUAAUUUGACUUGAUUUUGUUUACGUAUAGUGUGUGAAUUUAGUAUAUUUAAGUUACUUUUUGUUACUCUUUAACAUACUAUUUGUUUGGCUACAGUUUUUAAUUGAAGAUGGACUGUUAAAAUCGUAUAGGACCAGUGUCUCCUUAAUAUGAUUAACAUAUUUAGAAGAGCCACAAGAAACCCAUGACAAAAUGAAUGUGAACAUACUUUCUAAAAUGUUUAGAAAAUUUUAUCUUUUUGCAUUUAUCAUGUAAAAUUAUUUAGUAUUACAAUAUUGAUGUUUAUUUAAAGAAAAAUGCCAUGAAACAUUUGAAUUGAUGAGCCACAGAAUUACUUCAGUUGAAAAUUUUUUCACUUUUUAGCAUGCUAAAUAUACAUUUAAGUUAAAUAUCCUGUUUAAUAGCCAUUUAUAAAUUCAGACACUACCACUGGUCAGUUUUGUAUAAUAGAAUAAAAAGUGUGUUAUCUGCAGUGUAAGUACAGCACACUGUCACAUCCUUUCCCUAAGGUGCAUAGUAGAUGUACAGAUAGUCAUAGGCAACUGUUUUGUAAUGUAUUACAUUUCUAAUCUAUUAUUCCUAACCUAUUAUAAAUGUUUGCAGAGACAAAAGAAUUGAAUUUUUCUAAUCUGUAAAAUUAUGCUAACUUCUACAGGUAGGCAUUCUGAAUAAAAUUCUUAAAAAGAGUAAA